AUGGUGCGGCACUGGCGAUCGCCGACUUUUUCGUGGUCUCCCUCCGUUCACUUUCUGCUAACUUCUCUCGCAGUGUUUUUCCUGUUUUCUUUCUUCUCGCCGCGUUUCCUCGAUUCAUCUGCAGCCACAGUCCAGGAUGCUGAAGAGGUGGAGCGAAGGAGGGCGCCUGACAACAGUCCCGGCGUGGAAGCGAGCGAUGCGUUGCGGGAAGGCGACAGGAAGCCUUUGAGUUGUGAAGAAGAUGGUCGACAACCCUGCACAGUUUCAGACUACCGGGUCGGUUUGACCGACCUCCAGCCUCUCCUGCAACGUGUGCAAGCUCUACCUUCGGGCGUCAACCUCGCCGAUGUCUCGGAAGCCGCAACUUGGAUUUCCCGACCAAAUAGUGGCAGUGGUGGCAACUGCGAAGGAGAGGCAGACUGCGCAGGGGAGAAGACGAGGGCACCGUUCUCUGCGGACACCGUACACGGCUUGACGUUGCCUGGGCCUUCUCAAACGACCUCGACUUUGUCAGAGGAAACUGUAGCACCGGGCAAGGGAACCUUUCAAAUGGGCGUGGAUCCCUUUUCCACUGUUCACGGGCGCGGACUUUCGAGUGGCUACGACGGCGUCUACCUUUCCAACAGUGGAGAGGACAUGUCGAUCGAAAGGAGCUUCCCAGAUGUUGUCGACGAGCCGGGAACACCGACCUCUCUCCCGCUUCACUGGUUCCACCCCCUGUACCAUUUCUAUCCUCCGGAAGCGUUCAGAGAAGAAGACUCGCGUUCCACCUCCUCCAAGAGAACCUCGGCUCCGCUCGUUUGGGGUGCGCGCUUCUUGUCGCCCUCUCGCGCAGGUCCUCGGAAGUCCAAGGCUUCUUCAGCCAAGCACGCAGGCGCCGUUCCGGCGUCGGAGACGCGUAGACCUUCCCACGAUGAAUGGCUAGAGCCGUUAGAAGAAAGGGAAGGCGGGGCGCGUGAAAAGAAACUCAGGUUGUCGCAAAGCGCUGAGAAAACCUCGAGCUCGAUCCGCUCCCAGAGUCGCUUCGAGAGCCAGGGAACGUCGCGCAGCUCUGCUGCUGCACAUUCGUCUUUGGUGCCUUCUUCGCUCGUUUCCCGCAUCCCGUCUGCCUCGCAAGCUCUCCACAUGCAGGCUCCUGUUGACUCUUCAUCGCUUUCGCAUCCCCGGCCUGUCGAGGUGCAAGGCGACUUACCCGCGGCGGUUUCUGAGUCACACGCUGGAGACAAGGCCGAGUCUCCGACUCUCUGUCUGGGGCGGAAGGCUGUUGUUGACUCGCGUUCGAGUCAGUCGCGUUCUGCCUCUGCAGAACCUUCUCCGGAACGGCCCGCGAAAACGCUGUCGGAGCCCGGCUCUCCGGACUUGGCGUCCCAGUCUGUGGUGGCGUCGGACUCCCGCGACGAGUGUACGGGAGGAAACUCUUCCUGUGUGACUUCAACACCUGCAGCGGCCGUGCCGGCUGUUCAGUUGCCAGUUUCUUCGUUCUACCCCGUCGUUUUCCACUCCUCGCAGACACUGGCGGCUGUGACGGAGGUCAGCGACCUGCGGCGCCUCGGAGAAGACCCACUGUUCGAUGCAGAGGCUGUGCGACACCAAGAGGUGUGUGGGGGCCUGUUUCAGUGGAAGAGGCCGAUGAAGGCCAGCUCCUCUUCGGACCUCGCUUGUGUCUGGGACCGCUUCGCAGAUGCGUUUGAGCGGACAAUUCCCCCUCGCACGCCUUUGCCUUUUCGUCCUGGCGGCUUCACGUACAGAACCGUCGACACAGUCAGUCGGUGGUAUAGCCGAAUCAACUCGUCGUCUGUGCCGGAAGUGAAGAGCGAGCAGCACCGCGAGAAGGCCGAGGCCAGUCCUUCGAGCCCAAACCAGGACGCAGAGACCCUAGAGCCUUUGUCCAGCCGCGGCACCAUACACAGAAGUGACAGCAGUUCCGAGUCGAGCUUGUCGCACGAGAGCGACGCCGGGGUGGUUGCUGGAAGCCCCCACACGCCGACGCCAGAAAAGGCAAAGGCGGUGCGGCGAACCACGCGAUCUGAGAGCCCGACUGGCAUUUUGGGUCGAAGCCACGCGUUUCUCAGCAAGGCGAGCCGCCUGAUUUCAAAGCGCCUCACCAGCUUCACCUGGGGCCUCGUCCAGCGACUCGUCACAGUGCUGAAAAACCAGCAGCGCGAGGGAGCACUCAUGAACUUGGGCAAGGCCAUCAACUCGAUGCUCGAGAGCGAGGGAGUCACAGACACGAGAGCCAUCGAAAGCGCCCUUUUCCUUCCUCUCGGAUGCAAGAGCCACCUGCAUUACAGCGAACUGUACACGGAGGGAUACGACGUCUCGCCAACGGACCCCACCAGUUGGCCAGAUUCCCCUUUCUUUGCUUGGCUCAUCCAGGACAGAGCCCGAGGCGAGAUGCUGCUGCCAUCGAACCUUCCUCACCAUUUGACUGUCACUGUCUCUCCUCGUUUGCCAGAUGACGUGGAGGACAAAGCAUCGCGGCUCCGUCUCUACGAAAUGUGGCACACCAUUUGGUUUCUCAUCGCUGAAGUCUCGCGUUCCGACUACGUCUGGCCUUGGGUCAAACACAAAGACGUCAACCAAUUCUUUCCGUGGUGGACCGUCACCACCGUCGCACUCCACAGAGUCACAGAGCACCGUCCGGUCCGAUACGCCACGGGAGUGUGGCGGUUCAAGAACAUCGAUCCAGAGACUCUCGAGGUGAUCCCUCAGCCCGAUGGAAGCGAGAGCAAUCCAUUUGAGGUUCUGCCUCCACCUCGGAGUCACUUGGUCGAGAUGCAGCCGGGGGACAACCUGGCGACGUCAGGAGGAGAUGACCAGAAUCCCUGGGGCUUCCUUGCGGAGGGGCUCUACGCCAACAUGGCUGCGGCGGAGCAAUCUGCUAACUCGCGGGACGACGAAGACAACGCCGUUAAGCCUAAGACGUUUACGUAUCGCGGGAAAUCGCUGUCGAUCUACCCUGACUUGUGUGGAGAGGACGCGACUUUCUCGUACCUUUACGACGCACCCUUUGCAAUGCUUUUCACACCCUCGAAUCUACUCGAGCGCAUCCGGACGAGACUGCAUGGCCGAGAGAGCGACCACCCGCGGUGGCGUCAACCUCGAAGAACUGCCUCGAGAACCUCCAGGCAACGCAAGAGCCGCGAAACCGUUCAGGGAAACCUCGUGGACGCCAUAUGGAUCUUCAAACCGACUACUAUGCCGAAGAUGUGGCUGGCGAAUCGCAUGGCGAAACCGUUCGAGCCGGAGCUGAGCCUGAGCAACCACCCAGAGGCCCUCGUCCACCGAGGGUACGGGCUGCUCUUCCGGACUUCCUAUCGGCCUCGAAUGGAGCAAUUCAUUUCUCAGCUCACUUCGCCGCAGCGCCCGUCUUCGCCGCUGUUCCCUUCGUCAUCACUCCGUGGUCGAGACGCCAUGUGGCUGGCGUAUCAACAUCGAUCGCGCGCUCAUCCCUUCACCCUCGUUUUUGCGGGACAUUCGCAGGGUGGAGUUGCUGCAGAGAUGUCUGCGUUCUUCGUCGCGAAAGCCAUGAAAGAUGCGAUCGACAACGGAACAGUCAGGGUCUACGUUAUUGUUUUUGGAACGCCUAGCUGGUGCACACAGAAAAUGUACGAGGAAUUCCGAGAGACGGGUCUCGUGAUUCACGAAGUAGCCUCGAGUGUCGACCCAGUCCCGUUCCUCUUCACCUCCACUGGCUUUGUUGCGGACAGAAAGAUGGUGACGCUGAAUCUCGAAGACUUAUACAAGGUGUCGUUCAGACACCCGUUCCCGUUCGACGGGUCGUUAUGGAAGAGUCCCAGGAAAAAGACAGACAAGAAGACCCGGUUGAUUAGCGCGACUUUAGGGAUCCGACCUCUUCUCGAUCCGACACUCAGUUUUACAUUGACCCAUUCUCACGUAUACGCCGCGUCGCUGGGGCUGCUCAGCCAGAGAUACCCGCACAUCGGGUGGGCAAGCUUUCUGGGUUACCCUCUGGUGCCGCCGGAGGUCCAGACAGUGCCAUCGCAUACUCCAGAAGGAAUGCGGGGCCUGCAGGAGGGUCACCGAUUGCUGCUUAUGGGCGCGGGAGUUGAACCACCCAAGAGCAGUUCUGCUGCGGCGAGAGGACUCAGUUUGCUCAGGUCCUUGCGUCUGCGGAAGCGUUCUCGAGAGCCGGACGAAGGAGAAGAACCCCCGAAGAAGCGCCGGGUCGUCGACAAGACUCUUCCUGAACAUGAUGCAGAUCGGCAGUAGAUGGCGUGCGAGACCAUCGGGCGCUUGUGUGGUGGGUAUAUACAUGGCGACAGAACGGGGGAGCAAGAGGCUGAAGGCCGAAGGAGCUCUACCGUCUCGUUCCGCCGCCGGUCAACCCACAUGAUACACAUGGCUGCGCAUGUACAUUGAUCGGCUAUACACGCGCAUAGAUGGACUAGGUUCUGAAUGGGCAUGCGCACGCAGGCACAUGCCCAUUGUUGUACAGGGGGAGUCAACACAGCUGCGUGGGUCCGUGGUAUCCUGUCACGAGCACUUGUAUACCCGACGGCAAGUCGCACUGUAUCGAGAAUAACGUUGUAGAGACAUGGUCCUCGGCAUCGUCUUCGUUAUAGAGAGAGUCAUCACUGUAGCAUCUGAUGUGCCACACAGCGUUUAGGUUCCUUUUUGCGGAUCGUAGUGUCUCCGCGUGCUUGUUUGCCUAUAUGGAUACGAUCGCGUCCUGUGACAGUGAGCAGUGUGGCGAGCCUCGGUCUCUCCGCCUCUUGUGUGUGAUAUGGGGCGCAAGAAAGAACGCAGUGGCCGAGCACGAGAGGCGACAGAACGAGGGGACCACGCAAGCACUGUAGAAAGAACACCAAGAAAGCAGGAGAGAGGGUGCGACAGAACAGGGAAACUUUUUGCUUUAGGUAUUUUCCACGAGUGUGUGUCAAUUGUGUAUGUCGUUUGUCAUCCGCGCGCGGCCUGCCAGGCUUGCCGACGGAAACGAGUCCAGCAAGAAACGCAGAGACAGUUUUCGCUGUGGACGGACUUUCGGAUCACGGGUUCGCGGCUGUCAACUGUCGCGCGCUCGGUGCUUCACGCAGCCGGUGAAUGCCCAUUUCCGUCGUUUUGGUUUUUCAUGCGUUUCUUUCUGCGCGCUUCUCGACGGUCGCAUGGACUGCGCCGUGUAGACGUCUGAGGAAGUCGGUUUUUCUUGUGAAUCAGGUACUUAGAUUUAAUUGACAAACGGUAAAAAAGGCUGCGUGUGUGAGUGUCGUGUUCGUGGAGAGACAGCGUCCAAAAAGCUGAGUUGUCCAGCCGACGCGGCACAUUAUGUUUGCUGUUUUUGAAACUUGAAAAUGAAAUCUUUUACGAGAACAGA